AACAUCGAAUAAUUAAUAAUCAAAAAUGUCUGCCAGUUACGAAGAGGACAAAUUUAAUGAAAACAAUAAGAUUUGUGAUGAACCUUCCAAAACUUACAUCAAUAACAACAUAAUGAUUAUAGGAGUUAAUAAUGGGGUUGCUGGUGCUAAUUAUGGAGGUAAUCAACGUAAUGAGAUGUUCACUCGUCUAAGAGAGCUAGAGCCAAGAAGGUCCAGAGCAAGAUUCUUUGAGCCUCAGAGCAACAGAAGAGGAAGGUCAGUACAUACACAGACGAGAAAGAAGAGAACUAAGAUGGUGAGGAGAAAGAAAGCAAGCUCCAGAAAGAAAAGAUCUGGGCAAAAGAAAGGUGCCAGUGCUAGACAUUUAUUCAGUCAAGGUCCAAGUUCUAGAUAUGAGGAUUAUGCUUUUCACACAUUUCAGGCCGAACAAUGUGCCUUUUUCUUGGCCAUCAAGGGUAAAUUACCAGCUCAUAAGUUUGCUGAACUAUCCUCCUGUGCCGAUGACAUAAGACAUGGAGUCAUUGCUGGACCUUAACUAAUUCCUGUCAAAACAUUCAAUCCUCUUUUAGUUUAAA